GUGUAACACAAACCAAAACACCAAAUAUAAAAUAAACAAAUUUAAAUACCGCCUGUAGCGUACUUAGUACUUAGUACCUAGUAUCUAGUAAUUUAGUUAUUUAGUUAUUUGGUAUUUAAAAUAAGCAAAGAAAGAAGCAAAGCGGAUAAAUUGACGCAAACGGCGUUAUUUCAGUUCAGCGGAGAAAUGUAAUUCGUUCGUGUAUGUGGAAGUAGAGUGCAGUUAUAUUCAAAUUUAUUUAGCGAAAGCGUCUAGUGGCGACUUUCAUUGGAACUUAUGUCUGUGAAAAUACUGCGUCGCAGAAGUAGUUAGUUUCCAGUAUUAAUUCAUUAGUUCAGUAACAACCAGUUCCAGUCAACAAAUCCGAACAUGGACAUGAAAAUUGAUGGACAUCAAAGCCAGCAGGAGAUGAGCACUGGUUCUCCCAUGGAGGUGCCAAAUGAUCCUGGGAAAAUGUUCAUUGGAGGAUUAAGUUGGCAAACAAGUCCAGAGAAUUUACGAGACUAUUUCAGCAGAUUUGGUGAUAUUUCAGAGGCUAUGGUAAUGAAGGAUCCCACAACGCGGCGGUCGAGGGGGUUCGGAUUCAUAACAUUCAGUGAUCCAUCUAGCGUAGAUAAGGUUUUAGCUCAAGGUACACACGAACUCGAUGGCAAAAAGAUCGACCCAAAAGUGGCAUUUCCCCGGAGAGCACAUCCGAAAAUGGUGACGAGAACGAAGAAAAUUUUUGUGGGUGGGCUUUCAGCGCCCACGACACUUGAAGAUGUUAAAAGCUAUUUUGAGCAGUUUGGUCCGAUUGAGGAUGCAAUGCUCAUGUUUGAUAAGCAGACCAACCGACACAGAGGUUUUGGUUUCGUUACAUUUCAAAGCGAGGAUGUGGUAGACAAAGUUUGUGAAAUUCAUUUCCAUGAAAUAAAUAACAAAAUGGUUGAAUGCAAGAAGGCGCAGCCUAAGGAGGUUAUGCUACCAGCCAAUUUAGCAAAAACGCGUGCAGCUGGUCGAUCCGCUUACGAUAACAUCAUGUGGGGUCUGGGGACACUACCAGAUGGAUUUCCUGCUGCUGCUUAUGCUGCAUAUGCAGCUGGACGCGGUUAUUCGGGAUAUCCAAGUUUUGGAUUACCAUAUCCAACUGCUGGUGUGAUGAGUGUAGUUCCGGAUAACAGAAUUCUAAUCGGCGAUUUUAUGAUGGCACCGACCACAACUUCCACUUAAGUGGCGGAUACGGGCACAGCUUCCAUUGAACAAAAUUAUUCGCAUGAAGGAACAAAGAAAAAUAAUUACUAUUUUAGCCUACGUUAUCAUAAGAUUAAUUAAUUUAUUACUUUUUUAUCUUUUGUACAAAGCACUUGCGAUUUAUAUUUGUUAAUUGACUUUAUCACACUCUCCUUCAAUGUAAAGUUCUCUACAUUCAUGUUAAGCCAAUCUAAGCUCAUGUAAGUCGUUAAGUCCAAUUGACUUUAAAUAGCUCAUGUAAUAUUGCUAAUAAUAACAAUUGGAUACAGUUGUUUAAAUAGUCUUGCUAAUAAUUCUCAUUGAGUAUAGUUAGCUCACAUAGUCACUCAAUCCUUAACUACAGGUAGCUCCUGUAUUGUUACUAAGAAUUGUGUGUAGUUACUAGAUAUGCUAUAUGUAACUUAAAUUAUUUCCUUGAGAACAUUUGGUUCAUGAGUUUUGCUAAUAAUUCUCAUUGUGUAUAGUUAGUUUACAUAGUCAGUCAAUCCUUAACUACAGGUAGCUCCUGUAUUAUUGCUAAGAAUUGUCACAUUGAAUAUUUAUAAUUACCACAAUGUAUUAUUUCCUUGAGAACAUUUGGUUCAUGAGUUUUGCUAAUAAUUCUCAUUGAGUAUAGUUAGCUCAUGCAGUAACUAAAUCAUUGAAUUUAGUAAAUAACGCAUAAUUGCUUAUAACUUCCAUUGGAUAUAGUUGGCUUGUAAAAUGUUGCUAAUAAUUCUCACUUAAUAUAGUUGUUAGAUUGUACGGUUACAUGUGAGCAAAAUAUAGGCAGUACUAUGGUGUGAAUUUUACAAUUUUAACACGGAUUCACUUUUAUUUUUUAAGAAGGUGCAAAAAGACGCUGUUCAAAAUCUAAAAAUUAUUUGUUGUCUUGUGUUGUCUUGAAAAGUUUGAAGGAAAAAUUUAUUUUAGCAUUUAUGUAAGAAUUGAUCAAUCCAUUAGCACGCAAUAUAUAUAUAUAAUUAUGACAUAUAAUAAAUAUUUUAAUAAUUAAAAUUAAAUAAACUUUAAAUAGAACAGCAUUCGCAUACUGUCCGUUUUUAUACUGGCUUCUAAAUGUUAGGAACAUUCAUAUGAAUUCAAAUUUUAAUUAAGUGAAAUUUGUAGAAAUACCAGAAACAAAAAGUCGGAGCACUUUGUAGUGCAGAAUUUUGCUAUUAAUUAAUUUUUAUUUAUUUAUAUAUUUCUUUU